AUGCUUCAGUCAGAGGUUUCGCAAGCUAAGACGGCAGCUCGUCCGCGACCCUUGAGGCAGCCAAUGCUGCGGGUGCGGACAGGAUGCUUCACAUGCCGGAGUCGCAAGAAGAAGUGCGACGAGACGAAGCCGGCGUGCAGCGGCUGUAAGAGGAACAAGCUGGUGUGCAACUGGCCGGCGCGCGGUGGCGAGACGAGCAACCAGCGAGUUGAGGUUACGAGUACGCACAACAAUAACAUUCGCCGGUUGGACGAUGCGAACUCAAAUUCAGGUUCGAGUACAAACCGCAGCGUCUCGGACGGGGAUCAAGAUCAAGAGCGCCAGAACCUGUCACCAACCAAUGCCGAGCGUGAUCAUCACAGCACAGAGAUGGAAGAGGGCCCAGCCGUGCGGAGGAGCAGCACCAGCACCACCGCGUCACCACCAGUCGUCAGCCAGAUGCAGGGUCAAUAUUCAUUCUCUCCUGGCUCCGACACCUCUGGCGUGUUAGCAUCGCCCUUUGAGCGUCGCAUGUCGAUGCAGCAGUCGUCUGAUAACGUCGAGGUUGCCAUGGAGAUGAUGGACGAGGACGAAGAUAUUCCGGACGAGCUGCUAGACCUACAUGUAGAUGAUGAUGAUGAUGAGCGCGACAACGACAAUGCACUGAUGAGCCUGGCGGACAUUGACAUGUCAGGGCUCUUACCCGGGUUCAUGUUGAUGGGUGCAGUUCCACGCCCUCCAUCCAUGAUUCCAGAGGCGGAGAACGGGACGUUUGAUCUCAUGAGCCACUACCUCGCUCGAACGGCCGUCAGCAUGGGCAACGGGUCGACAUCGUCCAACCCCUUUGUCCUUCAACUUGUGCCGCUUUCUUUUUCCAACAAGCUGGUCCUUCAGCUGGUCCUUUCCCAGAGUGCUGCCCAUCGUGCCGUUUACGAAGAGCGGAGAGAUCUCAAGGCGGUGGCCCAGCGGUACUACACCAACUCCAUCAGGAGCUUUCGACAGGCCAUCAGUGCGUACAUCAAUGGAUCUGACCCAAGCCCCCUCUGGGUGACCAUUGGGGCUCUGGUGAUGUGCUUUACAGAGACGGCUAGAGGGGAUACAAACGGCGUGGUGUUUGACCAUCUGCAAGCCGUCGAGCCACUUUCGGUUGAUCUCAUCACAAACCACAACCACAUUGUCCGCGAUGAUCUCAAGAAAUUCAUCAUCGAAUACUACGUCUACACAGUCACCAUCAGCAUGAUCUCCGCAAGUCCCGCCUCAAGGAACGCGCCGCUCUUGAACCCAACACUCGAACUCGAGGCCCAUAACCUGGUCGCCUCGGGGUAUAUCGGCCAGCUUUGUGGGUGUUGGCUGCAACUUUUGCUUCUGAUACCACGGAUAUUCGAGUUUGGGAGGCGCACCAUCGGAGGAGCUGUCGAUGUCGACUCGUCUUUCCCAUCACCCGACGACUUUAUCGCAUUUGCAACGCUGCGGGCUGAAAUUCUGUCCUAUACGCCCAACUCAGAUGCGACCAAGGAAGUCAUCCUUUGUGGUUACAUGUUCCAGCAAGCGCUUUACUUGUACCUCCUUACGGUCUUUAGGAAUGAAGCUACGAGCGGCGGGCUACAAAGGACGAGCAUCGACAACGCUGUGUCCGAAACCUUUUCCUAUCUCGAACAGCUCCCGCCAACAGCGCGCAUCAACACCAGUCUCUGUUGGGUCCUGGCGGUGGUGGGCUCAUGCACACUGGACGGAUCUCGACGAGACCAGCUUCGACGACGCUUGGAGUGCAUGUUCCAGACGAUUGGCCUGGGCAACAUUUCGAGUACACUGACGCUUCUUGAGCACAUCUGGACACGACCAAAGAGCGAGCAAAAUCCUUGGGCAAUAUGCAGAGUCAUGCAGGAACAGGAAAUUUGGAUCUCGUUUGCUUGA